GCGAUGGACUCGGCGAUGCUCGGAUCGUCUGGGGCCCUGGCGAGCUCUGGGGCUGCAUCCGGGCUGGAGCACUCUCCGACGGAGAUGCCCGUGCCGACUGACGUGCCGUCCCCGACGACACCCUGCGAGGAUGAAGGUGAGACGAUCACCGCGCCCUUGACGGCCGAGGUCCACACCAGAACCCUUACGGCUGUGGCCCGUCCGGCACGGGAGGUCGUUUUGUCAUCUCCGGCCGACUUGCCGGUCCCGACAGCGAGGCCUUCACCGACCUCAAUGAGCUCCGCACGUGACGACGAGGAGGCUAUGCUCGUACCUCUGCCGUUUGCCACUGCGGCGCAUGCGCCGCCAG